CUUCAAGAGACAGUCAAAAGGAAGUUGGAAGGCGCACGUUCACCUCUCAAUGGAGAACAGCAGAAUGGCGUUUGUGAUGGGAGCUUUUCUCCGACCAGCAAGCGAAUACGGAAGGAUGUACCAGGCAUUGAGGCAAUCAACAGCUUGCCCAAUAAUUUGCCUUUGCCUGCUGUUUCUCCUCUUCACCAGCUUGACAUGAAAGCUCCCCUGCCCCUGCAGAACAGUGGAACUCACAGUAGUGGUCUAGAAGACUUGGGUAAAAACGGUGGGCUUUCUGAGAUAAAGCUCCCCGUUAAUGGUUGCAAUGAGCUAGAUGAUAGCUUUAACAUCCUGCAGAACAAGGAGCUAAAGCAAGAGCCUUUGGAUGACCCCAGCUGCAUAGACACUUCCGAAACAUCUCUUUCAAAUCAGAACAAGCUCUUCUCGGACAUUAACCUGAAUGAUCAAGAGUGGCAGGAGCUAAUAGACGAACUGGCAAACACUGUUCCAGAAGACGAUAUACAAGAUUUGUUCAAUGAAGACUUCGAAGAGAAGAAGGAGCCGGAAUUUCCCAGGCCUGCCGCAGAGACUCAAGAGAGUGCAAGCGUGAAAAGCGAUCCAUCUCAUUCUCCAUUCGCUCAUGUCCCAUUAGGGUCUCCCCAGGUGAGGCCUUCUUCUUCUGGUCCUCCGUUUUCAAACGUCUCCACAGCCUCCAGCAUAGCUUCUGUGUCCAGUGCCCCACCAGCCCCAGUCCCUGCCGGCUCACCAGCAAACUGUGUUGUUCAGUCACCUCAAACUCCCAGCCAGGCCCACACUCCAGGCCAGUCGCAGUCACGAUCUGGAAAUGGCUAUCUUAUGAAUCCAUCAGCAGCAGGAUCAGGGCCUGGGCCUGUGAAUAUGCCAACCGCUGACUUGUCUCCAGCUGAACAGCUCAAGCAAAUGGCAGCCCAGCAGCAGCAGAGAGCUAAGCUCAUGCAGCAGAAGCAGCAGCAGCAGCACCCAAAUCAACCCUCAAGCUGGUCACCUGUGGGCCCUCCGUCUAGUCCAUACGGAGGACCCUUCAGCGCAGACAAACCAAAUAGUCCAAUGAUGUAUCCCCAAGCCUUUAACAACCAAAACCCAAUAGUGCCUCCUAUGGCAAACAAUCCACAGAAGACCGCAAUUAAUAACUACCUCCCUCAAAAUCACAUGAAUAUGAUCAGUCAGCAGCCAAAUAACCUGGGCACAAACUCCUUAAGCAAACAGCCCAAUAUGCUUUCAUAUGGCAACACCAAGCCUCUGACCCACUUCAAUGCUGAGCUGAGUCAGAGGAUGACUCCACCAAUGGCAAAUCCCAGCAAGAACCCCAUGAUGCCAUACAUCCAGCAGCAGCAGCAGCAGUCCCAGCAGCCACAGAUGCAAGCUCAGAUGGCGCACCUGAGCGAGGAACAGAAACGCAUGCUCAUCAUGAAGCAGAAGGGAAUGAUGAAUCAGCCCAUGGCGUAUGCAACGCUUCCUUCCCUUGGUCAGGUAGGCGUGAGUGCAUGA